AUGGCCAUGGAGCUCUUCACAAACCAAUUGAUCUUCCUUGCAGCUGGCCUUCUUCUAAGCACCAUCUCCCUCCUCUACCUACGCAGUAACAACCAAAGAAAAGCCAACAUGAAUAAUUGGUUCAGCAAUCCAUUUGGGUCACUCAGAGGAAGGCCAAGCGAGGACUCAAAGACACCUCCGCGCUCUACGACUCCAGACAAGAAGACACCCACUGCUCCACUGGUCAAAGACACGCUCCCUCCGUUUGUGAGAGAUCGCUUGUCAAAAGCAGCGGCGACCUCGCCAGGCGCCAACGUACAAAAGCUGGGGGGCGACCCAAUGAGCGAAGCUGAGGUGGAAAAGCAGCUCAUCCCCUUCGAGGCCAAUUACUGGGAAUGCAGCCCAUCCACGUCUACGCCAACAGGCUUAACAAUGGAGGAGGUUCAAGCGUUGGGCGACUUUCCUGACUAUUCGACACUCAGCGGUGUGCCUUUGCCGAAUCCGUACACGAACUUUGAUAUUACGAAAGCAAUACCAAGGCCAUACCGACCGUUUCGCUGGCCAUACUUUCAAACAAUGUCAUUGAGCACCCUCGAGCCAGACUGGUGGCUGGAGCUUGAAAAAACCUAUGUCGAACGCAUUCGGGAGCGAGAAGAGCUAUUCGAGAAAUACGGCAAAAUGGUCCUCAACUACCUCCCAGGCAGUGAGCUUGGGUGCAAAGAAAUAAUGGAAACCGCCCUACAAUUCCUAUGUGCACGAUACCCGCAGCACUUCUCCCUUCUCAACACCGGCGCGGAAAAAGACUGGGUCUUCAAGAACGGCCUCUUGAACAACGAGACCAUAAUAAAAGACAUGCAUCCCCUCCACGUCCUCCUCCACAACGUCCCGGAAGACUUCGCAGUCAUGCUUCGGAACCCAGACGAUGGCCAGUACUACUUCCGCGCCGGCCUCCUCUGCUCCAGUCUCGGCUGGAACGUCGACACCAAGAUCGGGAAGAAGCUGAGUGAGAUCCACCAACCGAUCCCUGAUUACAAGGAGAAGAUGUCAAUGUCAAUGGACCGCUACUUCUCCCGGCAACCAACCUCCAAGCCCAUCCAGCGCGGGUCCUGGGGUCUCGAAAUCGACACCCCACUCUUCAUGCCGCCCAACGACCCACACGAGCGCUUCCGCCUCUACCAACACACGCCCCUGCCUCUAUCGCGCAUCCACCUGCGCGUAGACUGGCAGACGCUCCGCCGCCUGCCCCUCUCCGGCGCCAUAAUCUUCAACUUCAAAGCGCUGUUCACGCCGAUUGAGAAGUUCAGGGAAGAGAGGGCGUGCCGGGCUUGGUGGCGAAAGUGUUGA